AUGAUUCCAUUAUACGAGUGGAGAAUUGGAGGUAUAAAUAUUACGCAACGAUUUCGUCAAUAUCAACAAAAGGUGGUCAAUAAAGUAAAAAGCAAUGGAUUAACAUGGAAAGAUUCUUACGAAAUUUUAGCCUUAUCAUCGAUCAUUAUUCUUGCCCAUCCGUGCCCUUAUCCGGACUUUACCGAAAUCGAAUGGUAUACAAUAACUAUAGAGAAACCAUUCAUGAUAGAACAACCUAUAAUACCAUCUUCGAUAUCCAAUUCACUUCAAGAAGCGACAAGAAAACAUCUAAUGCAUGAAGAUAGCUAUAUUUACGCAGAUAGAUCAAUAUUAGGUAGAGCCGCAGCUUCUACGUUUAACGAUUUACGCAAUAUCCCUCCACUUGCUCCGUCCAAAAUGUCCGAGGAUUUACAUUGCUGCAAUCUGUUGUACCCCCACGUGCGUCCCAUAUUUAAUCAACUAUUCAAAGAUUAUGAUAUUCAACUUAACCGUGCCGUAAAAGGAACCAGAAAAAGACCCGAUUUCUCGUGUUUAGUCGACAAAAUACCGGUUCUUGUUUCCGAAUUUAAACCUCUAGGAUGUACACCGCUUCAAAAAAAGAGAGAUUUUGUGAGAGUGCACUUAAGGGCCAAGAAAUCAUUAAAUCAACAAUUGAAUUUAAAAGGUGGUCCCGGUGAAGUGAUGCUAUUUACAAAUAUGGGUGACGUAAUUAGUUCAUUUUCUAUGGAUCUCAGCAAGGGACUAUGUUGUUCAUGGUCUUUCCAUACGACUAAGUUGACAAUUGACAGGGCUCAAUACCAUUGGUAG